GCCAGUACUUUGCAGUCAUCAUAACGUAUUCCCUCAGCUGAAAAUUUGUUAAACUCAAAGACAAUAUCGUCAGGAAAAGACAACGGAUCACUCGAAAAAUUCUCUCCUUCCGAAGAGAACCUCGUAGAAUUCGGGCACCAAGGUCCACUGGAUUCUCCAAAAAUUGUGAUGCCAUUUGGUAGUGAAAGGGCAGCACUUUUUUUACAGCCGAUUUCAGAUGAAACUCGUAACAUAACCUGCUCCAGGUUUAAUUUGCAGCAUAAAUUACCAUGGUGAUGUAGCCAGGUCAAAAGAGAGCUACCUUCGUGACAUUGAAAACCCUGACAUACUACGCUAACCCACUAAUCUCGCUUCGUGGUCCACACCUAUUCGCAUCGCCCACGAUUUUACAAUACUGUUCUGAUUUUGCGCACGGUAAUUGCUCAUACAGGGGCGUAGUUUACGAACUCAGAUUUCAGAUGAAAACAAUUGCCAUUAAUUGAAAUUCAAGGGCAGCGGGAGAGUGAGGGAUUUCCCACUGUUUCCCAUUACUUCACACGGGCUGCGGGCUACCUUUGCCCUGUGCUGCACAGUAUGUUGUGUAAGCGGAAGUUGCGUUAAUAGCUGAAGGAAAACCACGACGCUCGUGGGGAACGUAGCCAGAUGUGUGCAUGUCAAGGAACAAGACGUGCACUGCAGACCAGAAGCCACUGGUGAACAGCAACUACAAUGGCAAGCUUCGUUGCUUUACUGAAGGCUGUCGGCCUUAUGUGUUUGGCAAUGAUACAAUUUUCAGUCCUCUCCGUCCUAUCGUUAGUUUUCCCGGGUUUAGCCAGGAAAAUAAUCUUAAAAGUAAGCGAGAGGACAACAAUGCCCCAGAACCCCAAAUUUAAGUAUGAAGACUGGGGACCAACUUUUAUGAGCUGGACUUUCGUCAAAACCGUUGCGAUCCAUACAUGGAUUUCUCUGGGAGAAGAGGCAUUUGUUGGCCAUAAGGCUCCUGAUUCAACAGUUAUCACAAUGUAUAAACAAAGAAAAACAGUCCUUAAUUUUCUCAAAGACAACAGACCACUGGUCCUCAGUUUUGGAAGUUGCACCUGACCCCCGUUUCUCUUCAAACUUGACGAGUUCAAACAGCUCGUCAAGGACUUCAGCCAUGUAGCGGAUUUUCUCGUUGUCUACAUUGCAGAAGCACACGCAACAGAUGGGUGGGCAUUUAACAACAACAUCGAUCUGAAGCAACACAGGAACCUGGACGAUCGGCUGGCUGCAGCACAGGUCUUGGCCAAGGAGGAUCCCCUUUGCUCUAUUGUGGUUGAUGACAUCACUAACGGCGCCGCUGCAAAAUACGGUGCAUUGCCUGAGCGGUUGUAUGUUCUUCAGAGUGGCAAUGUAAUCUAUAAGGGAGGGAUGGGCCCUUUUGGUUAUAAUCCCCAGGAGGUGCGUAAAGUACUACAGAAAAUGAAGUAGGAGAUUGAGGCCAGCCUUCUGUAUGGCUUGUAAGGUGGGGUACCUUAUAAAGUCAAGCUGGUGACUACUGUGGCUUUGUCCUUCUUUUCCAGGGAGGCACGUAUCUUUUCAGUCGCAGAGCUCAGGAGAUGCAAAGAAUCCUGCCAGAAGUGAAAAAAAAAAAAAAAAAAAUCAAAGGAGUUUUUAAAACACUUUGUUUUGAUUUCUUCAUAUUUAGGAGAGUUGUAUGAGUGAACAUCAACAUGACAGAAAGACGUAGUGCUCAGCUAAACAUUUGAAUUCCAGUGUCUCAUUGUUUUGUUUAUGAUGACUACAGAUCAAACCCGUGGCCUCUGUAAUCAGAUGUUUAAAAACAUGAGCCGGUGAUUGACGUGUAAAGAGGACACUUUCAAUUUUCUGUUUAUAUACAUACGUUUGGUACUUCGGGUUGUAUUCCUUUAUACAAAAGAGCAAAGCAAAGAUGUUUUGAAGUCUGAAUAAAUGUACUUUUUAUUAUUGGAUAUAUUUCUGGCAUCUUACGCAUCCUAUUCUUAUUGAAGUGGCACAUUAAUUACCCUUUGGAGAUGACAUUUCUGUUGCAUUGACUUGCAUAGUAUAUGCAGAAUUCCUUGUCUGGUUUUACUAAAUGGAGAGAAAAUGAACACUUGGCUCACUUAAGACAUGAAUGUCAACUUUACAAUACAUCUCUGAUUAGAAUCAGUUUGCAUUGACACUGUUUUAGAAAUCCUUGCAUCAAAGAUGCUCAAUUAAAUCAUUUAAAUAUUAAGUUUACUAUUAACAGUUUAAAAAUGAGUGGGUGUCGCAUCUUUUUUUCUCUUUAGUCUGAUGUUUUUUUUGUGACCAGCCAUGUUUUGGUCAUUGUAUCUAUGCAAGUUAUAUUAAUUACAUUACCAAUAUGUUAUAUUAUUCACAUAUGUUAACAUGUAUCACACUGAUUGCAUCCUGAAGAGCAAACGUUUGUAAUCUUCUAACUGCACUGCAAUGCUAAAGUUUACAUCGGCUCUACAUGCAACCUGUGUUUCCUUGUAUACAUUGUGUGUUAAUGUUCACCCAUGAUUUUGUAUCACUAGUAUGAUAUGUGAUGAUGACAGUAUAAACCUGUGGGUCACUGUAAUCUGAUGGCUUCAUAGUAGGUUGUGUACAAAGUUAGGAGACAGCAUUAAUAUCACAAUUGUUCAGCACACAAGUUUAAUAAAUGAGUAUAAACCCA